UCCUCUCCUCCUCACCACCUCGCCGGCGAGAACAGCCAAGGAGCCAGAGAGCAGAGCGAGCCAUGGAGCAGAGCAAGCCGUCCGUCUUCCUCGGCCUCCUCGUGCUCCUGGCCUGCGCCGGGUGGGGGCACGGCAUGCGCCUCCUCCACGACGACAGCGUCGGCGACGAGGAGUACGCCCGGGAGUUCGCCUUCGGCUCCAUGGAGGCCGCGGCGACCGAGACCGCGCCGCAGGACGCGUCCUUGGACGACUACGAGGACGAGAUCAGCCGGGUGGAGUUCGAGCCGGGGCGCGGCGCGUCCUACGACGCCACGGUCGCGCCCGGGCCUGCCCCGGGGCCGGCGACGGCGGGGAGCGACGCGGCCGCCGCAAGGACAGGCACCGGCAGCAUGAAGUGGUGGCUGCCGCCGUCGACGAUGCCGUCCUUCCCGCUGUUCCCGAACCCCGGCGGCAUGCCCGGGAUGCCGAUCCCUGCCAUGCCCGUGCCUUUGCCCGCCCUCCCCGGGAUGCCCGCCAUGCCCAUGCCGGGGGGCGGCAUGCCUAUGCCUAUGCCUAUGCCAGGAGGCAUCCCGGGGGGCGGCAUGCCGUUCAGCUUCAAGCCGGACGGAUGGGGCGCCGGCGCGGCGCCGUCGCCGCCCAGCCGUGCGCAGCCGACGCCUCCUGCCGCCAGCGCGAGCGACGGCGCCACCGACAGCAGCAGCGACAACCCCAACCCCAACGAGGCCAUCCACUGACGAGGAAGGAGAAGAAGUGGCAAACACCGGCAUCAAUCACCUGACCUGGUGUCAUGGCGCAGGGUGUAGCCCAGGAUCAUUUUACUAGCAACACCACUGCUACAUGCCAUGACUCUUAGAAAAAUUACUCCACACAGAAGCAGAAACUUCCAAAGUCAAAUUCAAAAUGAUGAACAUUUCCUUUUA